AUUCCCGUUAAUUCUCAAUCUAAGUGCUACCUCACUUCCAUAACUUUCUUCAUUUACCACUCAAAUGCACCACAAAACUUAGCCUCUUCAUUCUCAUGGACAAUCUCAAUCAAGUUUUCAAGUGCAUACUCAUAACACUGUUCUUUCUCUUCUUCCUCAUGAUUCCUCACACUGCUUCUUCUUCUUCUCCAAAUUCCUCUAACAACAACCAAGAGAUUCAAUCCCAAAACCCUUCUUCAACCAACACUGAAUUAUCUCAUUACCAUCAAGUGUUCUACCUCAAGAACGCUGACCCUCCAAUGUUUUUGAGCAUACAAGAACGAAUCAAGAAGAGGAAAAUGAACAGAAACAAGAAUAAGAACAUGAUGAAGCAGAAGAAACACAGGAAACACAAGAAGAAGAUUGUCAAGAACAUGGUGAACUCACGACCUUUUUCGGUUAUGCUUCCAAAGGGUUUUGUUCCUCCUUCUGGUUCCUCGCCUUGUCACAAUGAUCAACCCAAUUCAGUGUCUUUUCACUGUUAUCUCACUUCAACAGAACCUUGAGGAAUAAGGUGUCAUAUAUAUUUUAUAUAUAUACAUAUAUAUGUAUUUAAGCAAUUUACAGUGAAAGAUGAGCAAAGAAAGUUUUCCAAAUUUGGUUAUUGCUUGUGUCUUAAUCCUUCUUGCAUUAAUUGUAGUGUAUCACUUCCUUGAUGACACUAUUGUUUUCCCUUUUUUCUCUUCUUCUUACUUUUAUUUUGAUGCUGUAAUAGAGAACAAUAAGAUUUAAGAGAUUAAAAACACUUAUAGUAGCAAUAUAUAAAUCACUGAAGA